AAGUCGAAACUCCAAUUUGAACCAGUUCGACAGACGAUAUAUUUUUGCAUACCAUAGUGGGAGGGCUAUCGAAUAUCAACAUUGCUUUCAUUUUUAUCAAUAUAAAAAAGAAGUCGAGUAAACAUAAUAAUACAAAUAUGAACAUUGCUCGAAAUCUAAUUUUGAGCCCACAGGCGAAAGCCGUUCUCUUUAGAAACAUUCUAAAGACUAAUGUAGUCCUAAGGCAAAGUCAUGUGGUCUCGUACCGAGCUCCACCACCGCCGCAUUCAAAGGCGACCAGGAUUGGAGCUGUUGCCGUAGGUGGCGCUAUGUGGUGGUGGGUUAUUUGGCACCUGUGGCAUGAACCCGAUCACAUUACCGGUGAAUUCGACUAUCCAAACCCGUCAAAAUGGACCAAUGCAGAAUUGGGUAUUCCAAAGGAUGAAUAGAGAGUUGUAGUUAAAUUUCUACGCAAUGAAAUAAAUGUCGAUACAUAAAACUUAUUGUUAUUAAUAACAAUAGAUAUUUUAAAUUAUAUAUGCAUAUGUGCCGCCCGAAA